UCUAAAUAAUAUAUAUUGUACCAAUAUCUAGCAUCACCAGUCAGUUGUUCAAAUACGGUUAAUGGCUAAGUUGUUUCACCUAACUGUACUUUAGCAUAACGCAGAUUACUGUACGGAUUAUUUUAAUUACUAUUGGUUAUUAUGAAGUGCGUUUGGUUUGUGUUGCUUGUACAAGUUAUGAGCGCAGUUGGUUCACAUCGCUCGCUGACCGGCAAGGGAAGUAUUGAAAUAUAUUUGAGUUCAAAGAACGCUAAAACAAGGGCGGAGAUACCCUACAGAAUGUGCUUGCCCAAAGUUCCUGAUUACGUUAACGCAACAGCAAAACCGAGCAACCCAUCUUUGCCCGACAAGUUCAACGUGACCAUUCUUGAAAUUAAGAGAGGGACAUUUGUAGCUGAGUUUGAACUGAUUGAACAAACUACAGAGUGGGAUACGAUGCGAAUAACUGUGGAUUGGUCCUCGUAUACAUUUAAUGGAAUGGUUUAUCAGAAUCUGAUCAUUUGGUUCCCUGAUGAUGCAGAUAGAAAAUAUAUAAACGGCCACACGUCGUCGAAAAACUGUAUUGACAACGGCGGUCGAUUGGUGGAUAUUGUGGAUAAAGCGAUGUACGACGUGGUUUAUAACUACUGUCGAGACACGGUCGUAUUCGGAUCAGAUGAUUUUGUUCGUAUUUGGCUCGGUUCAAGUUACAACACAACGACUGAUAUAGUGACUCAGAGCAACGGGAAACCUGGUUAUCAUGGAGAUUGGUACCCUGAUUUUCCGACUAGAGUAAGCGAGACGAGCACACGAUUGUUUCUUUUCGUCAUACCACCAAGUUCAACCAGCAAAUACCACGGAUUGCUCAACUAUCCUCCUACACUUAAAAGUGCCGUUGUACAAUUGUGUUCGACUAACUUAAUGUAACUUAGCAUAAGUUAAGCGGUGGAUGAAUUAAUACUUAGUCUUAAAUGGAUGAAUGCAUGGCCUAUACUAAAAAAACUGGUUUUAUAGGACAAAACCAAACUGUACAAAAUAUUCAAUGUUGUUUUAUAAAUCUAGUUUAAUCGUUCACACUCAUCACAAACUACAACGUUUAAUCGGCUUUACUGUGUUUUAGUGAGCAUUUAAGGUUAGCACCUCUUUCGCAUUUUUUACCGGUUCAAAAUGUACUGUUUUCAUUUUUUUAUGUAUUUUUUUAAUACUUAAAAGCAGUAAU